AUGAGCGCAGGAACCGUCGGCUACGUGCCCCAAGCAGCUACCGUGUUUAACGCGACUUUGCGGGACAACGUACUCUUUGGAAAACCUUACGAUCCGGUACUCUACAGCCAAGUGCUCGAAGCGUGUGAGCUUGUGAAAGACAUCAGUACGUUUCCGGCCCGGGACCACACGGAAAUAGGAGAGAAGGGUUACAACCUGAGCGGCGGCCAGAAGCAGCGCGUGUGCCUAGCUCGGGCUGCCUACCACCAGUGCAGCAUCUACGUCCUCGACGACCCGCUCAGCGCACUGGACCCGCACGUCAGAUUGAAGCUGUUCAAGAAGCUUCUCGGCAAAGGUGGCAUGCUCAAGGACAAGACACGUCUCCUUGUGACAAAUGAAGGCCCCAUACUGAAGCAUGCCGACCAGCUCUUUCUGAUGUGUGGAAGGACGGGCGUCACGUACAGCCACCCUGCAGAGCUUUUCAACGACAGCCGAGCACCUGCUACGCUUACGCUGGGAAUCUCGGGCCUGUCAGCGUUGGAUAAUUCUGUAGCGACCAAAGCUCGGGAUGUCAGUGAGGGCGGAUCCAAAGGAAAGAUUGUACAAGCAGAAAAAGACGUGUCAACAAAGAGUGCCGUGGAUGUGCUGAUGACUUCACUGAAAAUGUGCGGUUGGCGUCUGUGGCCGGGAGUACUGUGCUUCGCCGUGAGCGCUGUCACCACAUCCUGGCAACUGGUGUGGAUAAGGGAAUGGACGGACGCGAAUGGACCAAACAAUGCGGCGAACCCGUACGAUUCUCGCUGGAUCUAUGGACUAGUUUGUCUGUCCUUAGCGGCAGUGGUCAGCCGCCUGGCGGGUAACGUGCUGCUCUCGUUCGCCAUGAACCGGCUGUCCCGCGUGCUCCACCACAAGAUGCUCGAACGUGUGCUUUUCAGCCCGGUGUCAUUCUUCGACAGCACACCCCGAGGCAGGAUUUUGAAUCGAUUCACCGCUGAUCUCAGCGGAGUAGACAACCGCAUGGCCGCACUGAGCCGCCAGAUGGUGCAGAACAGCCUGGUCGCCCUCUCCCGGCUGGCAGUCAUCGGCACUGAGAGCAUUCCUGUUAUUGUGGUCGGUCUGAUGGUGAUCGUCAUAUUCGUCACCGGCAUGGCCCUGCUGACUCGUGCGGUGAACGCUACCCGUUUCAUUCGAAGCGCUCACUUCUCUCGCCUGCUCCAGCAUGUGGCAGAAACAAUAGACUCGUUAACGAUCGUGCGAGUAUUUGGCAUGACACAGCGGUACUACGAGCGCAUGUGUCUCCUGGCGGACCAGAACCUACGCGUCUCGCUCGCCUCCGUCACGUGCAGCAGACUGACUCGAACGUUCGCCAUGGCCUGCAGCCAGACCAUGGUACUGGCCACUCUUUUCCUCACCGUCGCCGUGGGAGGGGGAGUCGUCGACGAAUACGAAAAGACUUCACGAUCUAGCAGCAUCGGGUUAACCCUCAACUCCUCUUUGGCGAACCGUAAGCCAGGCAUAGCUUCUGCGCCGCAUGGGUCCCAGAUCAUGACUCGUCAAGCAUCGGCACAUUAA